AACAGGAAGAACAGCAGCAAGAGCAGGCACAGAGCGUUGUAGCUGGAAAGAAACGAAAACGAGAGAAGAGUUUGAGCGGCAGAUGAGAGAACGUCGUGAAAAAGAUCUUGACAAUCUAGUAAAAUCACGAGGAGACAUUCAUAUAAAUAUCGAUGCCUCACAAGUCUUCUCGCCAAAUAGUCGCUCCUAUCGUCGCAAUCAAAGAUUACCAGCAUUUCCAUCGAGAGGUAGCAACAAUAUGUUUGACAAUUUUGAACUCAAACAGCUAUUCCUUAAACACUCGUUUGAGACACAAGUCUCAAUAAUUGGUCAGAUGGUCACAAGAAAUGGAAUCGGAAGUGGUAAUAUUGUUGGAUCACUACGACAUACAUUUUCGCCUACUUUCUGGGCUGAGAAUUAUGCGGUCACUGCUCCAUCUAUGAAAUUUCUAAUAUCCAAGGCUCUUACUAACGUAUGCAUUCCAUACUAUAUAUUCAACGUUUUCAAACUUCCAUCACGCGCUACCCAAAUCAAAAACAACAACAAAAACGCAUCUAGCUUCUUAAGUUUUACAACACACUCUUAUGCUGUGAGUUCACCUCCAAUGAUUGCCGUCACUGCAGGAAGGAAAAUAGGCGUUCGGACGACUGGUUAUUUGACGUACAAGACUGGUGCAUGGAGUUUGGGGCCUUGGGGGAGAUAUGAUGAUUCAAUAAUUGCACGGAGAGAAAAGUCGGCUGUGGCUAUUGGACUGAGUCGCGGGAGCGAGAAGAGUGCACUCGGGUUGGAAUUGCAGACAGGAAUUGUACAAUCCCACAUCUCGGCAAACUAUACACGUAGUAUUUUUUCCGACUACCACCUUCGUACGUCAAUAAUAUUAUCCACAGUAGCCGGUCUUACUGCCACGAUAGCCGGAGAUCGAAAGAUAACGGCGAACACGAAGGCGGGGAUAUCCAUUGAAUUUGGCUAUCCUAAUGGGAUUAUGUAUAGACUCAGGGUGUCUCGCCUAGGACAGAGAGUAACCAUACCAUUCAUCAUAUCACCUGACCUUGACCUUAAGCUGGUGUUUUGGUUGACUGCUAUUCCACUGGCGACAACCAUUGUAUUAGAUCAAGUUAUACUAAAACCACGAAGGAAGAAAAAACGGGCCGAUAAACUCGCAGCAAUAAGAGAAUAUCACGCAGAUCUGAUAUCUACUCGUAAACGCGAAGCAGAGGAAUCGCAGCGCCUGCUUCGACCAACGGUCGAGCGUAAAAUAGCUUCUGAACGUGAAAAGGAUGGUUUAAUAAUUGUUGAAGCUUUAUAUGGAAAUCUAAGAAUAUUAAAUGAUGGCAUCACGAAGGAAAAUGAGGGGGAGGUCUUCGAUGUUACGGUGGCUGUUCAAGCUUUAGUUCAUGAUUCACAGUUGGUCAUUCCCGGUGGACGGUCGAAGUCGAGUAUUAUGGGAUUUUACGAUCCGUGUCUUGGAGAGAAGAAACAGUUGAGGAUAAAAUAUUUGUUCAAGCGUAAAGAGCAUGAAGUAAUAAUGGAUGAUACGGCGCCCGUUGCAUGUCCAUUGCGCUCCCACACAAUCUCUGAUACCUGA